AUGGUGUGCAUCUUCUCGCCACAGAAGCAGAUGGGCAGGCCGAAGAAGAGAAGGAGAGAGGGUGAAGUUGGUGAAGCCACCAAACUGCAGCAAAAUAACGUUGCAUCCAUAGCCGCACUAUGUAAAGCAAUCGUAGAACGCUUCAACAAAGUGCUCCUAGUCAUUGACGCCGAAGCCGAGCGCCUUGAACAAACUGGCGAAAAGAAACCAUAUCGCAUCGGAGACAACAGUGCCGCAUUACAGCGCCUCCACACAGGCACCCUUGACUGCCCACUGGGUUUCGACAUCGAGAUUGGUGCUCAGGAUUACAAGCGGAUAGCCAAGAUGGCGCUAAAGACUGAGGUGUAUGGGAACGGAAGCAAUCCUCGCCCUCUACUGCAGCUGAUCAAAGAGGCGGAGGAUAGACAACAGAGAUGGCAUGAAGAUGCGGAAAUGAACUGUGUGGAGAGAGCACACAUGUUUGGGAAACAAACGCCUGAGGGUGCGAAGAAGAGUUGUCAUGCGUUGGGGUCGGAGCAUAUCCGAAUGAUGAUUGACCGCCUCAAGCAGAAGGCGAGGCAAGAGGCGGCGGAAAAGGCGAGGGAAAAGAGGCAAGAGGCAGUGGAAAAGGUGAACAAGGCGAAGAGAGAGGAGAUCAAGAUGCAGAAGCAAAAGAAGGCCGAACUCGAGAAGCGUCCACUCGUCUCACCACCGGUUUCCAGCCGUGACGGCCACAGCAUCGUCACUCGACUCUCCCGCGCCCGCCCUGGUGCACCUGAUCGCGACGACAUCCCCGGCCAGAGCAAAGGCAGUAUCACACUUGCCAGCAACUCCUACAAGCCUUGCAUAUCCAACUUCGACCUCGGCGUCAACAUCUUUCUCGCCAAUCGGCAAAUCAACGCCGAAUCCUCCCCAAUCUUCUACAGCGCCAACUUGUUCAACUUCGAAGGAGUGCCCGAUCUCUACGCUUUCCUAUGCCACUUCCAGCACCGCCUUUCUCUCAUGCGUAAACUGGGCUUGACGAGCGUGACCUCUAACCCGAAGACGUUUCGCGGCGCGCUGCAUGUGCAGGGCAUGCCGCUACAUUCUGUUUUCCCUCUGCUAGCAAGUGCAAUCAAUCUCGAGGCGGUGUACAUGCAUGCGCCGGUUUGGCAGUCGCUUGGCGGGCGCGCGGACAUUGCUGCUAGGGCGUUCUUUCAGAUGGGGUGGACAUGGAUGCUUGCUUGUGCGCUGGCGAAGGGGAAUAAGCUGGGGGCGCUGGAUGUCAUCAAGCUUCCUGAGGUAACGAGUGAGCUUGAUCAGUACGGGAAGUGGCAGGUUGAGAGGGCUGGACAGGCGCUGUUUAGGAGUGAACUGGCGGGACGUCUGACGGCGGCUUAG